UCCUUUCUCCUCCUCCUUCUUCUCCGCGUUCCAUGUGAUGCGGCGCACGGCUGGGCCGCUCCAUUGCGCGCCCAGAGGGGUCCACCGCCCCCUGUGACAACGAGCGCUCCUCGCCGGCGCCCCAGCGGCCUCCCCGCGCGUGCCGCCAUCUACCGAAAGACAAAACGAGCCGCGGCGGGGCUGCUUUUCUCUUCCAACCGCUGCUCUGCCGCUGAACCCCCCCGUUUCCGAAUGGUUUUUCCCAGAAGGGGUACGGCGAGCGAGGAAGCCCCAAACAGCUGGGAGCCCAAUGAGGGCGCGCGGUGGGCCGGGCGCCGCGCAUGCGCAGAGGCGUUAUGUUAAUGUUGUUGAUAUUCCGGCGCAGGGAGUUGGGUUUCUUUCUCCGGCUGAGUGAGAGGCUGAACUUUCCAGGCCGCCUCCUGCCCCGCCGGGCCCGGCCCCUCGCAGGGGGAGGCGGCAGGCGGAGGGGGCCGAGCCGAGGGGAGGGGGCAGAGGCAGCGGGCGUCUCCUGCCCAUGAGGGCCUGAUGGAAAACACAAAGGACCUGGCUUUUGAUACCUUCUGCAAACUACUACUGCAUACCUUCAUUUCUCAGACAGAACAUACUUCACGAGCAGAAAGGAAAAGACGUGAUUCAUUCGGGAUGUUUGACGGUUAUGAUAGUUGUAGUGAGGACACCAGCAGCAGCUCCAGUUCAGAUGAGAGUGAAGAGGAGGUUGCUCCUUUGCCGUCCAGUCUCCCAAUUAUAAAGAACAAUGGACAGGUCUAUACUUAUCCAGAUGGCAAAUCUGGCAUGGCUACAUGCGAGAUGUGUGGAAUGGUUGGUGUCCGUGACGCUUUUUACUCUAAAACAAAACGCUUCUGCAGUGUAUCAUGCUCUAGAAGCUACUCAUCGAACUCCAAGAAGGCCAGCAUUCUGGCCAGACUUCAGGUAGCGGGUAAACCUCCAACAAAGAAGGCUAAAGUUCUACAAAAACAACCCUUAGUGGCUAAAUUAGCAGCAUAUGCUCAGUACCAAGCAACUUUACAAAACCAGGCAAAGACUAAAGCAGCAGCUGUCCCUGUGGAAGGUUUCAGCUGGGGUAACUACAUCAAUAGCAAUAGCUUUACAGCAGCUCCUGUUACCUGUUUUAAACACGCACCUAUGGGGACAUGCUGGGGUGAUAUCUCAGAAGGAGUGCGCGUGGAAGUUCCAAACACCGACUGCAGCCUACCUACCAAAGUCUUCUGGAUAGCUGGAAUUGUAAAAUUAGCAGGCUACAAUGCUCUGCUAAGAUACGAAGGCUUUGAAAAUGAUUCAAGUCUUGACUUCUGGUGCAACGUUUGUGGGUCUGACAUCCACCCAGUUGGUUGGUGUGCAACCAGUGGGAAGCCCCUAGUCCCUCCUCGAACCAUCCAACACAAAUACACAAACUGGAAAGCUUUUCUAGUGAAACGACUUACUGGUGCCAAAACACUUCCUCCUGACUUUUCUCAGAAGGUGUCUGAGAGUAUGCAGUACCCAUUCAAAACUUCCAUGAGAGUAGAAGUUGUUGACAAAACGCACCUUUGUCGAACAAGGGUAGCGGUUGUAGAAAGCGUCAUUGGGGGACGGUUAAGAUUGGUGUAUGAAGAAAGCGAAGACAAAACUGAUGAUUUCUGGUGCCAUAUGUACAGUCCGCUCAUUCAUCAUAUCGGUUGGUCUCGAAGUAUAGGACACAGAUUCAAAAGAUCUGAUAUUACGAAGAAACAGGAUGGCCACUUUGACGCACCCCCACAUUUAUUUAUGAAGGUAAAAGAGGUUGACGCAGCUGGAGAAUGGUUUAAAGAAGGAAUGAAAUUGGAAGCUAUAGACCCCUUAAACCUCUCGGCAAUAUGUGUGGCCACUAUUAGAAAGGUUUUAGCAGAUGGCUAUCUUAUGAUUGGGAUUGAUGGCUCAGAAGCAGCAGAUGGGUCUGAUUGGUUUUGUUACCAUGCCACUUCCCCUUCUAUUUUCCCUGUUGGUUUCUGUGAAAUUAACAUGAUUGAACUAACUCCACCCAGAGGUUAUGCAAAACUCCCUUUUAAAUGGUUUGACUACCUCAGGGAAACUGACUCAAUAGCAGCCCCUGUAAAGCUCUUCAAUAAGGAAGUUCCAAACCAUGGGUUUCAUGUUGGAAUGAAACUGGAGGCUGUUGACCUGAUGGAACCUCGCCUGGUAUGUGUGGCCACAGUAACUCGCAUUAUCCAUCGUCUUUUGAGGAUACACUUUGAUGGGUGGGAAGAUGAAUAUGAUCAGUGGGUGGAUUGCGAGUCCCCAGACCUCUAUCCAGUGGGAUGGUGUCAGCUAACUGGAUAUCAACUACAGCCUCCAGCACCACAGUCAUCAAGAGAUAGCCAGUCGAGUUCAUCAAAACAGAAGAAAAAAGCUAAAUCGCAACAGUACAAAGGCCAUAAGAAAAUUUUGAAAGGCAGCUACCUCUGGAGUCAGGAGCAGCAGCAACAUGGCAGCCAUUGUACAAGAAAUGUGCAAGAGAUGACGUGGUAAAUGAGACCAUAGUGUAAGCCUGUAGUCUUGUUAAGUGCUACACAAUUUUUAAGUAUGUUUAACUCAAGGUUUUACAAUAUUUAUUUUUAAAAAAAAAAGAACCGAUUAUAACUGCAGGGGGAGGUUUUUUCUGCCACAUAAGAAUGAAUAGUUUGUCUUGAUAGAAGUAGGUGGUCUAGUUCCAGACAAGCUUGAGAAGUGGGCCAGUGUGAACCUCAUGAGGUUCAACAAGGCCAAGUGCAAGGUCCUGCACCUGGUUUGGGGACAUCCCCUGGUAUCAAUACAGGCUGGGGGAUGAAGGGGCUCAGAGCAGCACUGUGGAGAAAGACUUGGGGGUAUUGGUGGAUGGAAAGCUGGACGUGACCUGGCAGUGUGUGCUCACAGCCCAGAAAGCUACUCGUAUUCUGGGCUGCAUCACAAGCAGCGUGACCAGCAAGUUGAGGGAGGGGAUUCUCCCCUUCUACUCUGCUCUCGUGAGACCUCCCGCCCUGCAGUACUGCAUCCAGCUCUGGGGUCCCCAGUACAAGACAGACAUGGAGCUGUUGGAGCAAGUCCAGAGGAGGCCAUGGAGAUGAUCCAAGGGCUGGAGCACCUCUGCUGUGAGGACAGGCUGAGGGAGUUGGGGUUGUUCAGCCUGGAGAAGAGAAGGCUCCAGGGAGACAUUAUAACAGCCUUCCAGUACCUAAAGGGAGCUACAGGAAAGAAGGGGACAAACUUUUUAUCAGGGCCUGUUGGAAAUUAGACAAGGGGUGAUGGUUUUAAACUAAAAGAGGGGAGAUUUAGACUAGAUGUAAGGAAGACGUUUUUUACAAUGAGGGUGGUGAAACACUGGCACAGGUUGCCUAGAGAGGUGAUAGAUGCCCUGCCCCUCGAAGAGUUCAAGGCCAGGUUGCAUGGGGCUCUGAGCAACCUGAUCUAGUUGAAGUUGUCCCUGCUUCAACCUUAAAGGUCCCUUCCAACCUAAACUCUUCUGUGAUUCUAGUCUAGUUCCAGACAGCCUAACUAUGUAUAUUACAUUUGGAGCAUCCAGUCAUUAUGCUGACUCGUUCUCUUGGUGCUUCCUUGGAAGCAGUGGAGAGUUGGAAAGAAGGUGCAGUAUUUUACAUGGCAGACAUACGGGCAUGUCAGCUACAGAAAAGGGUCUAGAAUCUGUCAUCUUCAACAGGCCUUGCUUUGUUGUCAAGAUAUUUUCUGAUAGGACAGCCUAGCAGACCAUCAAAUCAACAGUUUUGUUGAUGUUGAAAGUUACUUCACCUGCAGAUCAGUAAAUUUGACUCGCAGUAGUCUUUAACAGUCUUUAAUGAGAUGUUAGGAGAGAGAUGUGAAAUACUCUUCGAAGCGAGAAUGUUAGGCCUUUUUUACUAUUAGAACCACUAUCAUCUUGACUUAUUUAGACUUGUUUCCAGAGAGUUUUGUUGCUCUGAGACUUGAGUUCAUCCAAGUAUAAAAUUAAAAUUUUAAGGCACAUUCCCUGAAAGAUAGGAGAACAGUUUUCCCCAUCCCUUAAAAACUGACUCUGAAAUACAGAGGCUGUUGAAAUCCAAGCUGUGCCGUUGUGCUGAUGUGAGGUGUAGCUGCUUUGCAGCUGUUCUCAGUAAAGUGUAUUUUCUGAUGAUGAAUCCUGAUGUGGUCUCCCUAACUUCUGGACAGCCUUAUCUUACAAAAUAUCGAUCAUUUUGAUGACUUCAGUAUCACUGACAGUGCUGUGAUUGGAGACUUCCUAAAGGUGAUGUGGAUUUUGGAAAUUUUAAGAUAUCUUGAUUUAGGAGAAUUUCUUAAUCCAUAAAAACAAGUAAAAUUGGAGCUGAGAAUACAGCUGUGCUUUUUUCUUUAAAAUCCACAACAGGCAACAUAAUGUUAAUUUCCCCCUCUGUCAUUGUGACUUACGAGUAGUUAAUAAGGAUACAUUUAUUAACGAAGACAGAAAAAUUAAAUGUCAGGUUGUUACCCCUUUCAUGUAGAGGCUGAUCAUAAUACAUAUGUUCCUAGACUUCUUUUAAGCAUCACUUGUUGUUAUUGUUAAAAGUUGGGGAUGCCCAAACAAUUUGUUUUGGUGUGAUUAUUGAUACAGAGAGUGUGAAAUAAUGUUCUUUAAAGCUGUAACAAUGUCUUUGGCCUAUUUUAAAUAAGGAAACUGUCCAAGAGGGAGUAGAAAUUAAGUAGCAUCCUACCUGGCCUUGCCUUCAAUAAAGCUACUGUUUUUUUAGAUUUAUUAUGCUGCUAUGCAAGCAGCUUGUCAUGUUGACAGUGAACUCAUUCACUAGUAUUUGGAUUGUAGAGAUAUGCUUAUUUUAUGCUUUUUAGUUUUCUACUUUUAUUUAGAAUGUUUUAUAACUGUAAUGUGUUCUGUAUGCAUGCAAGGUACCAGGUGACUGAAUCAUGCCUUGGGUCUUCUGCUUUUUCCCUGUAUUCUCAUCCAGUAGUGUGUCCAUUGCUGCUGCUUGAUUUCUGUUCAAGGGAAGGAAAAUCAACUUUCAUGUAGUUUGUAUGUUUACUGGCUAGUUAUUGCAUUACUUAUUAAUGUCUAAUUGCAACCAUAAGUUUUGUGAGUGCUUUUGUUAAUGCUUGGGAAUCGCUCCCAAUUUUGUUUCCAAUAGUGUUUAUUUCAAGUGGGUAGGAUUUUGUACCAAAUUCCCUCUGGUCAGGAAGCUGUGCAGAUGAAUGCUUGAAGGGUAACUUAGCAGUUUGCCUAGACAAUUCAUUAAUAAUGUAGUAUGCAGUAUCUGCUCCUAUUGUCUGCUUUCUAGUAGGUGUAUAUAUUGGAAUAAGGUUGUUGAAACGAUAAUGUGACCUCAACAUUUUAAAAGCUAGGGUUCCGCAGACAAUAUUCUGCCUAAUUAUGGUGUGAUCUCUCUAAAAGGCUUAUCCUGUAAGAAUAAUAUUUAAGCAUGGUGAUGUCUUUUGCAUAUGCACAAUCUAGUUACUUUUUCUCUUCAGGGCUAUGCUUUUGUUUGUCAUGUCAUCUUUACAUUGCAGUGCUGAGAAUACUUAAGCAUUAGCAACCGUAGUUUUGAUACAGCUGAAAGCAAUGGAGAUGACGUACUAUAGUGCUUCUAUCCCUGAUGUUGUAGAGAAGUUUCCUUGGGCACAGAAUCAGAGCAUCUCAGUGAUAAAGGAGGAACACAUUAAUAAUCUGCAUGGAAAAUGUUUUCAUAACAUUUUUACAUGAAUGCAAUGUUUAAUAAUUUGAAAGCAUUUUAGAAGGUAUUUUUUCUAAACACUGAAAUGCUUGUUGAUGUUUGUAAGGCACUGUAAAAAUGGGAAGCACUGUUCUAAAGUAAUUAAGAGUAUGCAUUUUUAAACUAGGUUUUUGGAGGUGAUAAACUUUGUUUGGGUUGGAUUAUUUCCCCGGAAUCAUCCUUUCUGUCUCUUAGGCGCACACACUGGAACAACUGCAGUUUGAAACCGAGCCCAUAUGACUUGGGUGUCCAGCCAGAGGACUGCAUGCUGACUGUGCAGUGUAGCUGCAGCAGAAGCAAUUUACGGCAUUUGUAUUUCAUUGAUAAAGUAUGAAAUAAGUGGAUCCAGUUUUUAAGCAAUGCACUUAAAGUCCUACCAGCCAGUCUCUAGAAUUCAGUAACUAAAGUGUGGUUGUUGAGAACAGUAUUCCCAAUAAUAACUGGAUGGUGCCAUUGUACAGGCCAGAAUUGGUGAUUAUGAAGCAGAGCCAUUUCUCAGUGAACAGUCUGAGUUACCUAAUGCACUUUAACCCAAGCGUUUAUUUUAGUUUGACUUGAUGUUUAGAGAGGAAGAUACCAAUUGGGAAGAAACCUGUCAGUUUGUCCAGCCCACCCAUGACAGGUGAGGUGCGGAGGAGCUUCUCUGGUGAUGACGAGUUGACUCCUCCUCCGUAUCGAACCCUUCCAGCACAGACAGCCCCAGAGGCCUUCCAGCCUCCCAGGACUAGCUGAGAGCUCAGUCCCAGCCUCAAAACAGGUAACUAGCCGCAUCAGUCUCUGUUACUGCAGAAGGAAAUGAUGGACAGGGUGGGGAACUAAGCAUGGUCUAGCGUGCAACAUGCUGACUCAUCAAAUCUUUCUUUUUUUCUUUUAUUUUUCUUUCAAUUUUUUUUUCUGUUAGAGAGCUUUUCAUUCUCACUGGUGCACCAUGUCACUGAAUUAAUCAUAGAAAAGGAUUGCAACUGUGCUAGAACUCCAUAGGAGGCUAUAUUGUAGGUUACCAAGGCACAGAGGAGCUCUGCAGAGUUUUAAAAUACAAAAAUGCACUCUGUGAAACUGCAUGGUAAUGUGCAUUUGGGAAUAUUUGAUGUAAGCAGGAAGUUAGUGUGGAUUAUCUUUUGCAGAGAAAGUAACUGUACACAGUAAAUAAGGGGUGAUUUUUGCCUUUGUGUCAGAAGAGGGCAGUUAUCUGGGAAAAGAUCUUCAGAAUGUAAGCAAUAUUUGAAAUUGUGUAGGUUACUAAUAUAGAAAAUUAUUUGAAAAGAGUUUGUCCUUUUAGAAUUGAUCUCUUCCCUAUUUUUGCUGCAAAACCUGGGUUUGGUUUGAGUAUUGACAGUAUAAUUGUGCAUCUGUAUGAGUGAGCAGAGGAAAAACUCUUAAAAAUUCAUUUAUCAGUAAUAUUGAGCAAGUAGAUUAAAACUUUGAGCUUAUUUAAGGACAGUUUAUGUAAUGUAAUCAACAUUUGAUUAUAGAAGUCUACUGCAAGGAUCUGGUAGUUUUUUCUCUCCUGUUUUCCUGAUAGGUAUGGCAAUAUAAUAUAGCAGUUAAAUUAUUUCUAACAAAUAUGUUGUGGCAAUAUGAUCUGCUGGACAAAAUGAAUUAUGCUUUCCCUGCUGGACAGCUGCCAGGUUGAUAGAUUUAGCUUCAGAUUUGCUUGAUUUACAUUCCCUUAAACUUGCUCUAGUCUGUGCAGGCUGCCAUGUCAGCACUUUUCACUGACUGCACAAUACAUCCAGAACAGUUUCUCUUGCUCACACAUUAUCCAUUAAGCAACGGGAUGUGGUAACCUACUUGCAACCUUUAGACCCCAAGAAAAAUCUUGUGUCUCUUCUGUACACCUCUCAACACUUCUCAAGAACUCCAUUUUUACUUCAGUUUCCUACUCAUGUUUACAUGCCUGUCUUUUAACAGAGUCUUUGACAGAAAAGAGAAGCCUUGCUUAGGAGAGAGCAUUCUGCAGCAUUUGUUUCUGCACAGCUUUUCUUCUCCUACUGCAAAUCUACACCUACGGUGCAUUUCUGUAGUGCACUGAUGUGCACAAUCUGAGUUUUCAGUCAUAUGAAAUACCCGUGUCCUUUGGUUUCUGACACCCGCUGCUUUCUGUGAUCAUUUUGGGGGACCUUCUCAAAGUUCUGAAUUUUAAGGGGCUGGACAAAAUUAGUUUUAUUUCUGAUGUAGCCUGAUCGUUGUCCAAAGAUGUUUAAAUUUAAAUUGAAACCAGCAAGACUACACCCUUUAAGUCUAGGAAAGAGGGCAUCACCCUGAUAUCGUAAGUUAAGAACACAUUUGAGAUCAGCUGGAACUUACUAAUUGCAUGCAUACUCCUCGGCACCGUACGCUGCCUUACAUUUUAGUAGCCGUAGCUGGGAUGUAGGCACAUUGCAGGAGGUGUUUAUAUGGCUUUGAAUGGAAGUAGUGUAAGAUUAGUAAUGAGACAGCUGUCUGUUCUAAAACUUCUCGUCUAUCAGAGAUUUCCGUAAGGCUUAUGAAACAACUCUUUGCCCUUUUGUACUGUCGUAAGCACAGAAGGUUUCAGUACUUCUCCAUCUUAUAUAGUAUUGAAAUGGUUUUGCUCUCUAGCAAAGCCGUGGUGCUUCUUUAGCAUGCACAAGCGCUCCGCAUCUUUGCAUCAUGUGAAAUGAUCUUUUAAGCACUGAAAUGCAAGUGUUGGACAGCUUCACUUUUCAAAAGAGCCUAUAGCCAGCCUGUCAAAGGAGGAGGCUGUUCUGAGAGACUCACCCUACUUCUGCACGUAUUCUGGACCAUAUUGCUCCAUAUGUUUUGGGGAUCUGAAUGGCAUUGCAUCAGACAGUCUGUCUUUGUCUCCAGGCAAAUCACUGAGACUAUUUAAAAACGGAAUACCUUGUGCUUCUGCAUCCCUGUUACUUCCUAGAUGAUCAGUCAGAUGACUUCCAUUGGCUUUUUUAGUAUUCUUUUUUCAAGUAACUUGGGAAAAAAAAGUAACUACUUGUAUAGCUGCAGCUAAGCCUUUCUUAUGUAGGAUUGUAGUUAAAAACUGUAUAAGAGGGACAAAUGAAGUAAAGUAUCAUUAAAUAUCUAAAUGUAAGGAUUUAGGUUCAAAUUAGCCAGAGGCAAGCCAAAUUAUGGAGACUUGUUAUUACUUUUGUUAC